AUGCUUGAACCUAGACUUGGGCAGGCACCAGUGGGUUUCUGGGAUCCUGCUGGAUUCUGUGAUCCAGUCGGAUUCACUGCCGAUGACGAUGUUGCCUCCUUCCAGUGCCGACGUUCCGUCGAGCUGAAGCACGGCCGGAUCUCGAUGAUGGCAGGCAUGGGCUACAUCACCCCUGACAUCAUGGGCAAGCUGCCGCGCUCUCAGAGCGCCACAUCCGGUGUGCCUGUCGCAGGUUGGGCACAGAUUGCAAAGUACUUCGGUUUCGUGGAGUUCAGCGGCGGCUUCCAUGACUGCAAGAGCGGAACUCCGGGCGACCUCACCGGCGCUGCCUGGGGAGAUUGGGCUGGCUAC